CACACGUCUGACUGGAGACAAAGAUGGCGGUGCGGAAGAAAGACGGCGGGCCGAAUGUGAAAUAUUUCGAAGCCUCAGACACCGUGUCUCAGUUCGACAAUGUCCGCGUGUGGCUGGGGAAGAAUUAUAAAAAGUAUAUCCAAGCGGAGCCUCCCACAAAUAAAUCACUGUCCAGUUUGGUGGUUCAGCUGCUGCAGUUUCAGGAGGAAGUGUUCGGUCGACAUGUCAGCAACCCUCCACUCACCAAACUACCGAUGAAGUGUUUUUUGGACUUUAAGGCGGGCGGAGCUCUGUGUCACAUCCUUGCUGCUGCUUACAAGUUCAAGAGUGACCAAGGAUGGCGGAGGUUUGAUUUCCAGAACCCUUCUAGAAUGGACCGGAAUGUGGAGAUGUUUAUGACCAUAGAGAAGUCUCUGGUACAGAAUAACUGUCUGACCCGGCCUGUGAUCUACCUGAGCUCAGAGAUCGAACCCAAACUUCUGGGAAAACUGAAGGAUAUUAUUAAACGACACCAGGGCUCGGUAACUGAUGAUAAACAGGCCAGUUCUCAUGUGGUGGUUCCGAUCCCCGCCAGUCUGGAGGAGGAGGAGUGGGUCCGUCCUGUGAUGAAGAGAGAUAAACAGAUGCUGCUGCACUGGGGUUACUGGCCUGACAGUUAUGAUACAUGGAUCUCAGCCAGUGAAGUGGAGGCUGUAGUGGAGGAUCCACCCAGUGCAGAGAAACCCAGGAAGGUUCAUGCUAAGUGGAUCCUGGAUCUGGAUCAGUAUAAUGAGUGGAUGAAUGAGGAAGACUAUGAGGUGGGUGAAGGAGGCACAAGGAGGAAAAGGAUCUCAGCUAAGACUCUGACAGAUGAAGUCAGCACUCCAGACGAGAGGAGAGAUAAAAAACCCGCCAACACCAAGAAACGCAAACGCUCCCCUUCACCAUCCCCAACUCCACCUCCUCAGGAGAGCAAGAAGAAGAACACCAAGAAAGGGCCUACUACACCCUACAAUAAGUCCAAGCGAGGUCAGAGGGAGGAGGAGCAGGAGGAUUUGACCAAAGACCUGGACGAGCCAUCACCUGUACCUGCGACAGAGGAGACACUUAAUAAAACAGUGACUAAAAAGGACUCUGACUCAACUCCAGUGAAGGGCGGGACUGAUGGAGAUGAACAAGAGGAUGAGGCAAUGGAGACAGUGGGGAAGGAGGAGGAUGAAGGUUCUGCCAGUGUGAAGGGAGAGCCAGUGAAAGGAUCUGAUCUACAUGAGGAUAACGUAACAGAACAGACACACCACAUCAUUAUUCCCAGCUACGCUGCCUGGUUCGACUACAACAGUGUUCAUGCUAUCGAGCGCAGAGCUCUGCCUGAGUUCUUCAAUGGAAAGAACAAAUCUAAGACCCCUGAGAUUUAUCUUGCCUACAGGAACUUUAUGAUAGAUACGUAUCGCUUGAACCCACAGGAGUAUUUGACGUCUACAGCUUGCCGUAGAAACCUGGCAGGAGAUGUGUGUGCCAUCAUGAGGGUCCAUGCCUUCCUGGAGCAGUGGGGUCUGAUUAAUUAUCAGGUGGAUUCUGAGAGCCGUCCCACCCCCAUGGGGCCACCGCCCACAUCUCACUUCCACGUCCUGGCAGAUACACCAUCCAGCCUUGUACCCCUGCAGCCAAAAGCCUCUCAGACUCCGUCCUCACAGCCGAUGAUGUCGUUCCCGGACAAAGUAAAGGACAAACCCACAGAUCUGCAGAACUUUGGGCUGAGGACGGACAUGUACAGCAAGAAGAGCGGCCCGUCUAAGGGUAAAAAUGCUGCAAGUGCCACACGGGAGUGGACUGAACAGGAAACUCUGCUGCUGCUGGAGGGUCUGGAGAUGUAUAAGGAUGACUGGAACAAGGUGUCGGAGCACGUGGGCAGUCGUACACAGGAUGAGUGUAUCCUUCACUUCCUGCGCUUGCCCAUCGAGGACCCGUACCUGGAGGAAGGUGCAACGUCUCUGGGGCCGCUGGCGUAUCAGCCGGUUCCGUUCAGCCAGGCGGGGAACCCGGUCAUGAGCACCGUGGCCUUCCUGGCUUCAGUGGUGGACCCACGAGUGGCCUCAGCCGCAGCCAAGUCUGCUCUAGAGGAGUUCUCCAGGAUGAAGGAGGAGGUUCCAGCAGCUCUGGUGGAGGCUCAUGUGCGGCGUGUGGAGGAAGCAGCCCGAGUAAGUGGCAGGCCAGAUCCACUGUACGGCCUGGAGGGCAGCGGCAUCGCAGGAACCGGCCUGGAAGAUGGAGAUAAGCCUGCAGAGGAGAGCAGUGACGAGAGCAAGAGCAGUGAUGCUCAAAACACGGAGGACAAGAGAGACAACAACAAGGAGGCUAAAGAUGGUGCGAGUGAGGAGGAGGAGAAGCAGGGUGAGAAUGGGAAGAAAGAAGAAGAAGGCAGUAAAGAGGCGGAGGCAGAGCGGGAGGCAGAGAAGACCGACUCAGACACAGGUGAUGUAGAGAAGGAGAAAGAAGGAAAAGAAGGAUCAGAGGAUGGACAGAGAGAAGGAGAGAGUGAUGGAGAGAGGAAAGCAAAGGUGGAGAGAGAUGUUGGUGAGGGGAAUCUGGCCACAGCUGCUGCCUCUGCACUCGCCGCUGCUGCAGUUAAAGCCAAGCACCUGGCAGCAGUGGAGGAGAGGAAGAUCAAGUCUCUAGUGGCUCUACUGGUGGAGACUCAGAUGAAGAAGCUGGAGAUCAAACUGAGACACUUUGAGGAGCUGGAAACCAUUAUGGACCGAGAGAGAGAGGCGUUGGAGUAUCAGAGGCAGCAGCUCCUGGCUGAUCGUCAGGCGUUCCACAUGGAGCAGUUGAAGUAUGCGGAGAUGAGGGCACGCCAGCAGCACUUCCAGCAGAUACAACACCAGCACCAUAGCAACCAACCCGGCAACCAGCCUGGCAGCGCACCGCCCAUCCCCCACCAAUCGGCACCUAACGCUAAUGCCCCACCUCCUGCUCCCAGUCUUGCCCCAGCAGCCUCUGCCAGCAACCCCAAUGAAGCCCCACCCGCCGCUGCCUCUCAUGGCUCCUCCCCCAACAACACACAGCCUGGAGCAGUGCAAGACUCCAGCACUGCACUAACAGGAGAUUCCCUCCAUCCGUCCGGCCCGGUGACCCCUGCACAGUGAACACACACACACAGGGUUUGAGGGAAUGAGAGGAUGAUGAAGUUUUGUUUCUGGGAGACUUUUAGUCUUUUAAACAUUUGACAUUAAACUGUUCAGGACCACAAAUCCAACUUCAACACACUAAUCUCUAUAGGCUCUGGACUCUACACUCUGAUGACCAGUGUUAAGUGUGGGUGUGUGUGUGAUCUAUGGUCCAGUGGUUUAUCUACAGAACCCUGGUGAUGUUCCACCACCUCACUGUAGCUCCUUCAGCUUCUCACAGGACAGGAAAUAAAACAUAAGCUGCACUUUUAAACCUUUUCCCGUUAUUUCUGGUUGGAAUGAUGAAGUAAGAUUUGAACCUGAAGCACUUAGAAACGUUAUUUUACUAAAAGUCUCCUGGGUUUUUGUAUUGAUGAUGAGGACAGAAUGAUGAUGAUGAUGAAGGUGUUUGUGUUUGUGUCAGGAUGAAGUCAGAGCUUUAGGUUUAGUUGCUCCAUUUGUUGGGAUUCAGUUCUUUUUAUUUUUUUACACGCUUUAUUUUGAGUAUUUUCCUGUCAGAGUAAAACUGUUAGCAUGAUUAUUACCUGAUGGACAGAACAGUGUUAAAGCCUGAAACUUUUCUUUGUUGACUGUAAAUGAACAUGUGUACUGUAAAACUUCAGAACCGUUCCACUGCAAACUCCUGACAUCACUUCCUCUUAAAGUUCCUCCACUUCCUCUACAGUUCCUCUUCCUUUCCUCUAAACAUCCCUUUUUCACUUUGUCUUUCAUCCCUGUUUCACACACACUCCAUUUCUCUAAGUGUUUAGAAGCAGGUGUUUAGUGAGUGUGUGUCCUGUUAUUUCACUCAGUGUUUUUAUUCACAGCACACAGAUCUGAUUCAUUUCCUAAACUUCUGACCACACAUUGCUCCACUGACCACAUCUCUUUUAUUUACAUGGUCUGCAGAGCCACAUCCUUCACCUAAGUGACACUGAAAGUGUGGAAGAGGGACGUGUAAAUACACAAAGAGUCAGAACGCCUAUCUGUUCCACUGCAGAGACUCCGCCCCUUUAUGCUGGCCCUUGUAGAUGACCACAGAUGAAAAUCUGGGCAUGUCUUUAAAUCCAUAGAAGCCAGUUAGAAGGCAGUGUAGAUAUACAUUUCGGCCUGUUUUGUUAUCAGGAGCUAAGACGAGUCGAGCGUGUCACUGCAGGUUAGAUCACCAACUUAACCGAGUCAUAAACCUGUAUAAAAGUUAAUGUAUGAAUUUAAAGACACGCCCACAUGGAAAUGGUUUCCUGCUCCAAUCAGAUUUGUAGUUUGUGUGAAACACAUUCAGUGUUUAAAUACUUGAUUCAUCAUUAAAAAAGAUAAAUGGUGUGUGUGUGUGUGUGUAUGUGUGUGUGUGUGUAUGUGUGUGUGUGUGUAUGUGUGUGUGUAUGUGUGUGUGUGUGUGUGUGUAUGUGUGUGUGUGUGUGUGUGUGUGUGUGUGUGUGUGUGUGUAUGUGUGUGUGUAUGUGUGUGUGUAUGUGUGUGUGUGUGUAUGUGUAUGUGUGUGUGUGUGUGUAUGUGUGUGUGUAUGUGUGUGUGUAUGUGUGUGUGUGUGUAUGUGUGUGUGUGUGUGUGUGUGUGUAUGUGCACACAUGAAGUUAAAUGAAGGAAUGUGAGUACCCGAGCAGUGACAGAGGGUGGAGUUACGCCUGCGCUCGUGUGAUUGUGUAGCUUCUUAUUUUUGUAUUUUUAUAUUUUUUAUUAUUCUGUCAUGAACACAAUGCUUCUGUUUUGCUCUUAGCGUUAUUUUACACUUAUAACAUGUUUGUGUAGCCGAUUCAUCUGUGUGAAGGUGUCAUGUUAUAUCCCGACACUCCACCUCUGUGUGUGUGUGUGUGUGUGUGUGUGUGUGUGUGAGGACAUUACUUUCAGUUAUGUUUAUGUUGUGUUGUGUUUCAGAUUCACACAUAACAACAGUAAUGCAGUUUAAUACCCCCCCCACACACACACACACAGGUUUUGUCAUUUCCGUGGUGAGGCACUAGUGAUUUAUGAAACAGUGUGUGUGUGUGUGUGUGAUGUUUUUCUACUCGGGAUGUUUGUGUUGUUAAAGUUGAACAGUUGUGUGUUGGAUGUCGGCUCUUCGCUGAUCAGAUCAGCCGCUUUAGAAAGAUCGCUCUUUAAUUUCACAAAAACAUCCAUAAACCUUCAACAAUAAAAUGUCAUCAAUCA